AACUGUAUAACUCUUUUAUUUCAUGAACAAAAUCUGAAAGUCUUUUCUUCAAAGCCCACUAAAGUGAGGAAAUCAGCCAAGAAGCCCCGAAGUCACACAGGGUCCAAAAGUGUGUCCUCUGGUGUCAACACGACCAGGACAGAUGUGGACAUACUCAGCCCAGCAGCUAUGGAGAACCUCUACUACGUUUCUCACAAUGUGAUGGACUGUCUGAAAUUCAGAGGCUUUGGAUGGUCAGGGUUCACACAGAAGGACAAAAAAGGCACCAAAAGCAAGAUAAAAAACAGUCGGUAAUGUCAUAGAUAAGGAAAGAACAUUUUACCAACUACAAAAAUGCUUUCCUACUGGCACCAUCUGAUGGCUGGGUUUGUAAUGUCAGCUUUAGUAUUGUUCUAUAAAUUCAUGCUUUAGUAAGUCUGAAAUGACUUUGUA